AUGGAAAAGAUUGAGCCCACGAAGACGCACAGCGACGACGAACGGUUAGCUCAGCUUGGUCAUAUACAGGAGCUGAAGAGGGACUUCUCAAUAUGGAGUCUUGGAAGUCUGUGUCUGUGCUUAAUGGCCACCUGGGAGGCUCUCAGUACCGUUGUCGCGACGGCUUUGAUGACUGGAGGGGCGCCAUGUCUGUUUUGGAACUUUUUCAUAUCCAUUGUUUGCACCAUCGCCAUCACAGUAUCGCUGGGAGAGAUCGCGUCCAUUUAUCCAACAGCGGGAGGACAAUAUCACUGGGUCGCUGCACUCUCGCCUCCCUCAACUCGCUCCGUCGCAGCCUGGUUCUCAGGCUGGAUCAACGUUGGCGGGCAGAUCGUCUUAACUGCAUCCGCUGCUUUCGCAGCCGCUCUGCAGACCCAAGCCCUGAUCAUCCUCAAUGAUGACGGAUAUCCGCCUCAACGCUGGCAAGCGCUGCUUCUAUACUGGGCUGUUCUUAUAUACGGUGCCGCCGUGAAUAUAUGGGGAUCGCGGAUGCUUCCCACCACCAACCUUCUCUCAGGCAUUCUCCACAUUGCAGGAUUCCUGACCAUCAUAGUAGUCCUGGGAGCAAUGAGCGAGAAGAACACGCCUCAUUUCGUCUUUCUCGAAGUGACCAACAGUAGUGGCUGGUCCAACGACGGUGUCUCCUGGCUUGUUGGUCUCCUCUCCGCCGUCUACCCGCUGCUUGGAUAUGACGCAGCCUGCCACCUUGCAGAAGAGAUGCCUCACGCAUCCCGUAAUGUGCCUCUGGCGAUGGUUGGUUCCGUGGUCGUCAACGGCAUCCUGGGACUGGCAUAUUGCAUCAUGCUUCUAUUCUGCACGGGACCCCUGGAAGAGCUGCUCUCGACUCCAACCGGCUUUCCCUUCAUGCAGAUCUUUCUCAACGCCACGAAGUCUCACGCCGGAGCCACGAUCCUCUCCAUAGUAAUCACUCUCAUCGCUAUUGCGGCAACAGCGGCUGGCAUCACUUCCACGUCACGCACAUUUUGGGCUUUUGCUCGCGACAAGGCCACACCGUUCUCCACGUACUUUUCGCACGUAAACCACUCGUCGCAGAUUCCAGUUCGCUCUGUCGUCGUGGUCACGAUUCUGCAAAUGCUUCUCGGGUUCAUAUACCUCGGUAACAGCACAGCAUUCAACGCCAUCCUCUCCAUGGCCAUCCUCGGCCUGUACGCAUCUUACAUGAUCCCGAUAGUGUACUUCAUGCUCUUUGGGCGACCGAAAUUGACGAAGCAUGAGUUCGGACCCUUUCGGCUGCCGAAGAUGUUAGGGGUAGCACUGAACCUUCUCGCUUGUGCGUGGUUAGUGCUAGCGAUGGUGUUUAGUACGUUUCCUACGCUUAUGCCGGUCACGUCGCAAAACAUGAACUACUCUUCGGUAGUUAUGGUAGGAUGGGUGAUAAUUGGAGCAGUGUAUUACUUUGUUUGGGGACGAAGGCAGUUCGAGGUACCCGUUGUUUCGAAUGAGGCACAGGGGUUUUGA